UUCCACUAUAUCGCCGUUGUGAGUGACAGACAGACGUGGCAAUGUAACAUUGGAUAUCAUUCUGGCUGGCUACUAACAAACACUAGCCCUUACUAUGUACAUGGACGCAUAAUUUAUAUAAACCCCAAUGUCUCCACGGCCCGGGGUAUAAACUCUGUGUCCUCGUACGAAUGGCUCCAUCCUCGGCAACAGCUACACCCUCGUCCACAAUACCUAAUGAACUACCCCCCAUCCAACUACUUGUCGAGUCUUGACCGAACCUCGGUCGGAAGCUAUCUCGAAAAUCGAUUGAUCCCUUACGAUUCAGAGCCAGACUUGUACUACCGUCAGCCUUCCGGACAUGUACCACGGCCCCUUUCUUCCCUGGAUCUGAGGAACCCUCAACUCAAAUGCACACGAAACCUCGGAUGGAACAUUAGUUGGGCAGUCGCCUUCGUGGUUGACCGUCUGGGGGCAGGCGAAUUGCCCGAUGCAACGGAGGCCCUGAAGAAAAUCCGUCUCAAAGCUGCGAGGUUAGAAAGAGAAGGUGAUAUCAACGACAUUCCUUUUCACUUGUUCCACAAAUUGGACCAGACACUGUUUGCUGGCCAUCUCAAGAAAGCAGUCUACGUCGACAUACAAGAUCUUGGUCAUGAAGUGUCUGGCGCCACCUUUUCUCAAGGAUGCAGCCCGGAUCCCGAGAUUCGACGCGUGUCAAUCAUCCUAAAUCACAGGCUGCUCAAAGAUGUGGGAUCCCAGGAUAUCAUCGCCACACUAAUUCACCAUAUGAUUCAUGCAUACUUCCUGAUUGCAUGUGGGCCUGAACAGGAGAAGGAAGUUCACUACGGCCGCCUGGGCCAUGGCCUGGCAUUCGCAAAGAUUAUGACAACGAUUAAAAAGAUCUCUGCAGCAGAGGGAAGACCACUCCAAUCUCUCGACUUUGGACAUCCCUUCGAGCGAUUGCAAUACUUUGGCCCUCGCCCACCUCGUAGAUUCAGCCGAAGUCAAACGGCCGACGAGAAAUGGUACCGCAGUUACUGUUGUUCCGAUGUAAUUUCUCUAGCCUCGAGCCAGAUUGAGGAGUGGUAUGGAGAGGUGUGCCAACCGCUUUUCGACUUGCCCAAAUUCUUGCGAAAGUCUCGAGUCCCAGUAUUCAAUAUUCGGACCCGCGUGCUCGAAGAAAUGCUCCGCGCCGAAACCAAACCUUCAUCCGAUUCCUGCGAAUUCAUCUUCAACGAGGAAUCCUCGGUGCUCGUGCCCCAGAACUUCAUAGACAACUACUACAGCGUCGCCCGUGCGUUCAAGAAAUCCGGAAUCCGAUACAUGAAGAUACACAAAGACGUCCCCUGGGAAACCUUUGAACGCUUCCUCCAACUCUUACACACAGACACGUACGAUCCCGACCCAAAACACAUUGUCCGCACAGGCGACCGUGGCCCACCCAUCAUCAAACCAAGCAACGGCUCCCAACCCUACCUCCUCGCCGACAUCCACAUGGGCAAAAUGGGCGACAAGAUGAGCUUCAAGGACCUCAAGACGGUCGCCCUCGAACGCAUGUACCGCCACAGCAUCACCUCUGAAGACCCCGUCGACCUCCUCGCCGCCAUCUACGACGGCACUGCCGAACCAGACAAGGAUGUCAAGAUGUGGGUGCGCAAGUUCCUCGUUCGCGGCAGCAAUCCUACUCCCACCAUUCAAGCCGCGCUCGAUACGGACGAGUGGGUCGACGUCGGCGCUUCCCCUCCAUCCACUUCCUCCCCUUACGAACCCUCCAAUCUAGCAAAACUCGAGGCAGACAUGCUGGGCUACAAACAUCGGUUCGGGGAGCUCCUAGCCGGCAGCGCGGCGCUCAAAUACGAAGUCGCGCGCGCGAGACAGGAUCUCCAGAUUUCCUCGAACCUUGCGGGGAUCGGAUUUUUGAACGGUACUGGUGCUGGACAGCAUCAGAAGGCGGCAGCAGUGACAGCUAUGAUGUUGGCGGCGGCGAAUCCGAAUAACGCUGCUACGGCUAUGCUCCCGUGGCACCAGCAACCCCAGCAGAACGCACUCAGUCUUGCCCGGGGUCAGCCACCGGUGAGGAUCAGUGUUAAUAAUAAUAAUCAGAGGGGGUUGCCUUGGCACAUGUCGUCGUCGUCGUCCUUGUCGUCGCCAUCUCCUGCGGUUGCGAAUGCUGUUGCUGCGCAGGCGGCUGUUGCCAACGCUGCUGGCUUUGGCGUGGGACUUGGGCUUGGUGCGAGUGCUGGGGAUCCUUAUGGGAAUGGGCUUGGGGACAGUGGGAUCAGUGAUAGCGGCGGGAGCGGUUGGGAUUGGUGA